UGUCAUUAUCAGCUGUUUCAGGUUUGUUUACAUUCCUGUCACAUUUAAUUUUCUUACAAAAGGCCUUUUCUUUUAUCUCUUCUUUUCUUUCAAUAAACAUUUUAUUUAUAUAAUUCUUUAGUCAUUUAAGAUUACAGCGCGCAACAACAUUCGCGUGCUCACCUUCAACAGCCAUCACUACAAAGUACCUCCAACACGAACGUGAACUCUGGACCUUUUCCGAUAACGCGGCAAAGUUAAUUCGCUAUGGCUCUGUGUAGAAACCUCUUCCAACACACCCUUAGGCAUCACUUAACUAAGGUGCCAGUGCGCAAUUUAAACCUUCUAGAAUAUCAAAGUAAACAUCUGCUCCGGAAACAUAAUGUUGCCAUCCAAGACUUUUGCCUUAUCGAUGAGCAAGGGGACCACGGUCUCGACCAGUUCCAGGCCAAAGAGUACGUGAUCAAGGCCCAAAUCUUAGCAGGGGGUAGAGGUAAGGGGCAUUUUAACAAUGGGUUCAAAGGUGGAGUACAUAUCACAAAAAACAAGGAUGAAAUCCCCUUAACUGUUAAGCAAAUGUUAGGUUAUAAUUUAAUCACUAAACAGACUCCCAAGGAGGGAAUUCCUGUUAAGAAAAUCAUGAUUGCUGAGAGUGUUAAUAUAGUUCGGGAAACUUAUCUGUCUCUGCUUAUGGACAGACAGAGCAAUGGCCCAGUCAUAAUAGCCUCCCCUGCUGGAGGCAUGGAUAUUGAGGCUGUUGCUGAAAAAACUCCCCAUUUAAUAAAAACAGUGCCAAUAGACAUUUUCGAAGGGGUCACAGAUAAAAUGGCUCUAGAUAUAGCCGAGUUCCUUGAGUUUAAAGGAACCCUUAAACAACCAGCAGCAGAGGAAAUCAAGAAACUUUGGAAGCUCUUCUGUGAAGUUGAUGCAAUACAAAUUGAAAUAAACCCCCUGGUGGAGACUGAUGAUGGUAAAGUAAUAUCCGUAGAUGCCAAAUUGAACUUUGAUGAUAAUGCCAAGUAUAGACAAAAGGAUAUUUUUGCCAUGGAGGAUGUUACCGAAAGUGACCCAAGGGAAGUCGAGGCUGCCAAGUAUAACCUCAACUAUAUAGGCAUGACUGGUAACAUCGGAUGUCUGGUAAAUGGAGCGGGUCUUGCCAUGGCCACCAUGGAUAUUAUAAAACUAUAUGGCGGAGAUCCGGCAAACUUUUUAGAUGUGGGUGGGAGUGUCAAAGAAGAACAGGUGAGGGCAGCUUUUAAAAUAAUCACCUCUGACCCGUCUGUUAAAGGGGUUUUGGUCAAUGUGUUCGGGGGUAUCGUGAAUUGCGCCACUAUUGCCAAUGGUAUUGUCGGAGCAAUUAAAACUAGCCCAUUAAAGGUACCUCUUAUUGUGAGAUUAGAAGGAACAAAUGCAGUGGAAGCCAGAAGAAUCAUUCAGGAGUCUGGUCUGCCAAUUCAGACUGCCCAGAAUUUGGAUGAUGCCGCCCAAAAGGCCGUACAAGCUUUAAAAUAGUCUUAAGAGUUUUGUUUUUUUUUUUAAUUUAUAUUGUGAUAGGUUAUGAUAAGCAGCAUUUUUAUAUGAGUCUUGUUUGUAAUACUUUUUAAUCGUUAUAAGUACAAGUGACAAUAAAGUGUUUUGCAAUAUCGUUUUUAA